GCAACCUGUUUCAUCUGCCUCACAGAGACAAAGUUUAUCUUCCCCUGAGCUCAAUUUAGCAAUGGCAGUCACGUCGUCUUCACACACGCUUUGGAGCAGAGAAUGCUCACUUUCAUUUCAUGCAAUACUCUGUUUCUUUCUCUUCAUUUGUGUUGUCAGAGAGACCAGCAGCAGUGAGCAGCCUUCACUGCAGGCCACUGUGGACCCAGUGGACUGUGUCCUGACAGACUGGUCUCCAUGGACACGUUGUGACCCCUGCCAGAAGAAGAGGUAUCGUUACAAGAAGUUGCAGCAGCCAUCUCAGUUUGGUGGUGAGCCGUGUAAUGUGCAUGGCCGUGAUGAGGAGUCCUGUACCCCCUCUGCCAGACUCACCUGCAGAGACGUUCCAUCAUGCGAGGGCUUUGCCUGUGCCACCACAGGGCGCUGUGUGCCGACUCACUUGCGCUGCAACGGAGAUGAUGACUGCGGGGACGGUUCUGACGAGAAGAGCUGUAAGAGCACAAUCCGAGCUUGCAAAGAGAAGACCGAGGAAUUCUGGGGCAUUGAGAACCUUGCAAAGGGAAUCAACAUACUGAACAGCAAUCUGGAAGGAGUGGUUAUUGAUAACAGAUAUUACGCUGGAAGCUGUCUGCCACAUUACAUCAAAGACAUCAGAUUCAGAAAACCUUAUAAUCUGCAGCAAUACACGGCUGAGACAAAGGGAUCCUAUGACUUCACACUUGAUGAAUUUGAGUCCUACUCCAGCUUUGAGAAGCACAGGAUGGAGGCACACUUGUCUAAGACUACUGUGUCCAUUGGCUUUAAGGUCCCUGGAGCCUUUGAGUUCGGUUUUAAUUACAACGACAUGAAGUACAAGAAACAUGAGCAGAAAAUGCGUCGCUUUUCUGGGACGAAACACAGCUUUAUUCGGGCGCACUCCAAGCUGGAGGUGGCCCGGUACAUGCUCAAGCCGGGGGACCUGAUGCUGCACCCAGAGUUCCUUCAGCGCCUCCGAGCCCUGCCCCUGGAGUACAGCUAUGGGGAAUACAGGCAGAUCUACAUUGACUACGGGACCCACUAUAUCACAGAGGCCACGCUUGGGGGGGAGUACGAGUACACCGUCGUGCUGAACAAAGAAAACAUGGAGAAGUCAGGAUACAGUCUGUCGGACACCAAGAAGUGCGUUCAGGCCGGUAUGAAGGUGGGAAUAAACAUUCAGGGUGUGUACGUUUCUCUGGGAGCAGAGGGAGGAAGCUGUAAAGGCUUACUCAAGGAGCUGGGAGAUAGUACUGUGGAAAGGAAGCACGUGGAGGACUUUGUGGCCUUAGUGAAGGGGGGCAGCAGUGAGUCCAUCACCCGGCUGGCCUUCAAUCAGCUGCCCACCCCCGAGAUCAUGCAGGAGUGGGGUGAUUCCGUCUUUUACAACCCGGACUUCCUCCAAACCAAGGUGGAGCCUCUUUAUGAGCUGGUGAACCCAAAAGAUUUUGUGAGUGCUGGAACAUUAAAGAGGAACCUAAAGCUAGCCCUCAGCGAGUACCUGGAUGAAGCCAGCCCCUGUCGCUGUGUCUCUUGUCUCAAUAAUGGAGUGGCCGUCCUCAAAGGCACAAGAUGUGAUUGCAUAUGUCCUGUGGGCUUCAGUGGGAGAGGCUGUGAGGUCACCCGAAGAACUGGUGUUGCAGUCGAUGGAGGAUGGAGCUGCUGGUCAUCCUGGUCAGCUUGCAGUCUUCGCACCAAACACAGAACCCGGCAGUGCACCCACCCCUCCCCACAGAACGGGGGUGCCCCUUGCUCUGGAAUAAAUUCAGAAACCACAGACUGCAUUUAACUCACCAUGCACAUACAAAUACAACAAUAAAAUGCAUCACUGGGAAUUGCUGUUUCGAUUGGUCCAUUUUCUCACUAGAGAAACAGGAACUCACUAGGGAAACAGGAACGUAUUAUAAUGAGUGCUCGCCUUGCUACAGAAACAUUAAUGCAACAUAUUUAAAAAGUAAUGUGAGUAAUGAAAAUUCCUUUGAUUCUCUGCUAUUUAGUUUAUAUAGUACCCAUCAGUUAGUUCAGAGCGCAUAGUGGAGUAAUUUAACCCAGACAUAUCCAGGUAUAUGCCUGUAAUUUAAGGUGAGGCAGAGCGGCAUUGAGACAGUCUGCUAGUGAGGCAGGCAGGUAGUGAAGUAGAGAGGCAGUGAGGUAAAGAGGCUGACCAUGUAGAGGCAGACAGGAAAUGAGGCUAACCAUACGGAGGGAGACAGGAAGUGAUGUAGAGAGGAUGACUAUACAGAGGCGAACAGGUAGAGAAAGAGUGAUGUCGAGCAGUAGAGCCAAAACAUUCAGUAUUCUAGAGAUGGGCUUCUCGGGAGGUGAAAUGGGCAAAAUUAUUCAUUUAAAAAAAGAGAAAUAUUGUUUCUUUUACUCAGCUCCAUACAAAAUUAAUAUUGACAGCUAAUCUAAGAAUGUUUGGGAGUGUAUGAUGAAUAUGAGUUUCCACUACCACCAAAGGCUGCAGGUGUGAAACCCCAGGGGGCGGGUAAUACAGGAGCUACAAGAACAAAACCUCUUCAGCACUGUGCUGUUAUACCUCACUGAGAGAGAGAACACAUACAGGGACUUCAAAACACCCAGACAACAAACACAAAUGCUUCCAAUAUUAAUGAUAUUCUUUCAUGCUAUAGGUAAGAAAAUAAGUAUAUUCUUAUUCAGUUCAUUGUAUUUUUCUUUUCAAAUGUCGAAAUACCGACUGUGAUAUCUUGAAAAGUCUGUUACUUGAAAAUGACUGUAUUUCUGAAGUAUAUGUAAAUACUUUAUUAUUUGUGUCCAAAAACUAGGCAUGUGUCACUCAGAAAUGUGUCUACAUUUUUGUGUAAUAUUUUCCAGGUAAUAUACAAGGUGACUCCGUCCUUCAAAAUCACUCAGUAUUCUUGACUGAAAAUGAGAUGGCAUCACUGUACUGUCAGUAUGACACUACCUCCGGCAUUCCUGAAUUGUUCUGGUACAUCCAGCAAGAGAAUAAAUCACCAGAGCUCAUCCUCAGUAAUUAUAAUACCCGUGGAAAUGGUUAUAAGGAAGGACUCACAGCAGCUGAUGAAAAGUCUAACAAGACCUAUAAUCUGAAGAUCGCUGCAGCUGUGCUGUCUGACUCUGCCACAUACUACUGUGCUCUGAGGCCCACAUUGUGUGAGUCUGUUUCUCACCUCGUACCAAAACCUCCUUCCUCUGUGUCAUACUCCAUAGGUUACACUUACCAGGCUUUCAAAAUGAGCUGAAAUUGAUUCACAGACUCAGAAUUAAUGUAUAGAAUUUUUCGUUUAAAUAUUUUUCAGUCUAGUCUAACUUGACUGCAGAUAAUGAGGAAAUCAACUAUUGUAAAUAUGUAAAAUAGAUCUUUGGCAAUUAUAUAACAGUUUUUACCCUUCCAGUUUAUGGAAUAGUCGUAUUGUUCUAGUCUCCCUUAAUGCACAAAGAUGUGAAUUACACUUAGUUUUCCAGGCUAAUGUUGUGUAUGAACCUGUCAUGGAUCUCUAUUCACACCAAUAAAACAUGUCAGAAAUGUGAAAUAAUCAGCUUUCUAAGCGGCUUUUAACCAAAGUAAAUGCAUCUUCAUCUUAAUGAAAAGUAUAGCGCAGAGAAGGAACUCUAUUGACACCUAGUGGUGGUUUGGCAAAGUGCAAUAGAGCUAUUUCAUUUUGGGGCCCAACAGCAAAGAUCCUUUGGCAGCCUAGCCGCAUUUGCUUGAGUUUAGAAUCUAGAGGUAUUACAAUUGCAGAUUUUACUGGACUUAUAUAUGUAACAUUGCUGGUAGCGCUAGCAUUGUUUCUCCUUGUAAACCAUUUGAAUAAACAUUUCAGAUAUGCUGAGAAA